GCGGCUCCGCGCUCCGCUGCACCCGCGGCGGCUGCUGCUGCUACUGCUGCUGCUACUGCGGCUUCUGUUGCCGCCGCCGCCCGACCUCGGGCAGCCGCAUCCUCAGCCCGGCUCGGGUCCCCACCCAGCGCCCCGCCGGGCCCCGCCAUGGUGUCCUGGAUCAUCUCCCGCCUGGUAGUGCUCAUCUUUGGCACCCUGUACCCAGCCUACUCUUCCUACAAGGCCGUGAAGACAAAAAACGUGAAGGAAUAUGUGAAAUGGAUGAUGUACUGGAUCGUCUUUGCCUUCUUCACCACGGCUGAGACACUCACAGAUAUCGUGCUCUCCUGGUUCCCCUUCUACUUUGAACUCAAGAUCGCCUUUGUGAUAUGGCUGCUGUCACCUUACACCAAGGGCUCCAGUGUGCUCUACCGCAAGUUCGUGCACCCAACACUGUCCAACAAGGAGAAGGAGAUUGACGAAUACAUCACACAGGCCCGAGACAAGAGCUAUGAGACCAUGAUGAGGGUGGGCAAGAGGGGCCUGAACCUGGCUGCCAAUGCCGCAGUCACCGCCGCUGCCAAGGGCCAGGGGGUGCUGUCAGAGAAGCUCCGAAGCUUCAGCAUGCAGGACCUGACCCUUAUCCGGGAUGAGGACGCCCUGCCUCUGCAAGGGCCCGAUGGCCGCCUCCGAGCCAGCCCUGGCAGCCUCCUGGACACCAUUGAGGACUUAGGUGAUGACCCUGCCCUGAGUUUAAGGUCCAACACAAACCAAGCAGAAACCCGGACAGAGACCUCUGAGGAUGACAUGGGGGACAAGGCCCCGAAAAGGGUCAAAUCUAUCAAAAAAGUGACCAAGGCUGAGCCACUGGCUUCCAAGACACUGAAGACCCGGCCCAAGAAGAAGGCCUCUGGUGGGGGCGACUCAGCUUGAGGCCCCCCACCCUCCCACAGGCUUGCAGGGCAAGGAGGAAGCCUCAGCCCCAGCCCCAGCCCCAGCUCCUGACCCACACCUGUGCCCCAUUUCUGGUGCCCGCCUCUGGAAGGGACUUGGAGAAGAGGAGGGAGCCCCUGAGGUGGGGUUGAGGGUAGAGGCUGAAUCAAGGGCUGAGGACUGAACCACGUGAGGAGCCUGAACCGUAUUCUCCCCGCUCCAGCCCUACCCCUGCCCACCCGGUGCCUUGCUGAAGACCAUGGCCAUUCCCUUCUCUGAGGUCCUAUCGUGCCCCCAUUGCUCCCCUGAGUGGCGGGUGAUGCAGCCCAGAUGGACCAAGGGUAGGCUGUAAGGCACCUGGGAGAAAGGGAGUGAGAGGGGAAGCUGUUGGGCAACCUGGGCACAGGGGACUCCAGGCUCCAGCUGUGAGUGGAGGACAGGGGGCUUUGUAUGUGCUUAAAUGUCGGAGCUGCUGCAGCUGGGGCUCUUUUCCUGGGCAUUGGGUAGGACUGUCUACUACAUGUUCCCACUAGGAAAAAGAGGUGGGCAUUCCAUGGGAGUGUGUAUGUGAUUUUCUGUGCCUAUCUUUCGUGUCUAGGGCUUGGGGUAGCUUGCGUAAAGGACUUUCCUUCCAGCAGUCACUUCCCCCCACGCUCAGCCUCCCAGCUGGUCCCCUUCCCCCUUCUCAGCCCUCCCUCCUAAUUCCUGAGCUUCACUGGACCCCAGCCUAUGAGAGAACAGGGCUCUGAAGGCCUCUCACCUCUUCAGCACUGGAUCCCUUCUCCCCUCACCCCAUUCCUGCCCUGCCCACUGUCGGGGCCCCUGCUGAGCUGGCUCCUCUCCUCACCUGGGGGCCCAUCCUGCCCUCCCUCUGAUCCCCCUUCCUGUGCCAAGCAGACUGGGCCGUCUGUGAACAGACCCUGUGAGAGCCCAGCCUUCCCCUCACACCCAACCCCAUCUUCUGCCAUUGCUUCAGUCAGGGCCAAGAUGAACACAUGAGGAAGAAAAAGAAAUUAAGGAGCCAAGGGGAUUCCAAAUUCCAUGGAAAGGGUGCCCAUUGGACCUUUGGAACUGGAUGAGCCAAUAAACCAAACUCUGGCACCUCA